AUGGACGCCGGGACCGCGAGUUUGAUCCGAUCUCCCGUUUUACCUCACAAAACUUCCAACGACGGUGCUGGAUCUAUGUUUCUCACGGCCAGUGGCCCUGGAUUCACACGUUUUGCUUCGGGACGUCAACUUCGUUUGAGUCAAAACGCGUUUGCGAGGUUCUCAAGACCACUGCCAAGCUCAACGAUAUCUGCGAAAACUCGGCGAAGCUUUGUGGUGAGAGCUUCAGCAACUAACGAUGCCUCCUCCUCUGAUCCGUCCUCCAAACCGAUCGCGCCGCUUCAGCUGGAGUCGCCUGCUGGUCAGUUCCUGUCUCAGAUUUUGGUGAGCCAUCCUCACCUCGUGCCUGCUGCUGUCGAACAGCAGCUCGAGCAGCUCCAAACUGAUCGGGACUCUGAUGGACAGAGCAAAGACGCAUCGUCCACACCUGGAACCGACCUCGUUCUCUACAGGAGGAUCGCAGAGUUGAAGGAAAACGAGAGACGAAGGACAUUGGAAGAGAUUUUGUACGCACUGGUGGUUCAAAAGUUCAUGGAAGCCAACGUAUCGCUUAUACCAUCGAUAAGCCCAUCGUCAGAUCCGUCAGGCCGGGUUGAUACUUGGCCGACGAAAGUGGACAAACUCGAGCGGCUUCACUCUCCCGAGAUGUACGAGAUGAUUCACAACCAUCUAGCCUUGAUUCUCGAAGCAGAAUGGGUGACCUGA